GCUGUCAUAAAUUUAUAAAUUGAGGUUGAUGACGUUUAUUGAAAAAUUUGUAAUUUGAAUGUUUUUAUAACUUUUUUCGAAGUAUGAUGCAACACCAGUACUGGAUAACAAAGAAGAGUGUACAGCGUAAAUUGGGUAGUAAAGAAGAUGAGUGCAUUGUCUCUUCGGAUGCAGAGCUUGAUGCAAAAUUGGAACUGUUUCGUUCCAUCGCUGAAAGCUGUAUACAUUUACAACGUAUAAUUGACCUGUAUCAAGAAAGGUUGUGCUAUUUAGCCCAAGAAGAAAAUGCUCUCGGAAGAUACCUAAAGGAAUGCGGUAAAAAUGAAAAAAAUGCGAGCGCCGGUCAAUUACUGGCAGCAGCCGGAAAGGCACUUGCAUAUACGGGUCAUCAGCGGUUAACAAUUCGACCACCACUGUUAAGGCUUCACCAUGAAGUGGAAACAUUUCGUGGGCGUGCCGUUUCUGACACUCGAGUUACAGUAUCGGAAAUGGAAAAAAUUCGUACAGAGUAUCGAGCCGCUUUAAGUUGGAUGAAAUCUGUUUCUACAGAGUUAGAUCCCGACACCGGCUGCGGAUUGGAACGUUUUCGUAAAGCUCAAACGUAUGUGAAGUCUUCUAAAGUGCGCUUCGACAGAUUAAUGCUGGCCUGCUUACAAAAGGUUGAUCUACUCGCAGCGGCACGAUGUAAUAUGUUUUCGCACGCUUUAAUCUCCUACCAAAACGCAAUCUCUACCUUUUCGUCUAAAGCUUCGGAUACCUUACUGUUAUGCUCGAGUAAAUUGAAGAAUGUCGAACCUUUUGAAUUUUCAAUUGUAUCGGAACUCGCGACACCACAAGACAAGGAGGAGAAGGAUAAAAGUACAUUUUUUAAUGCCGAUUAUACUGAUAAAGUCAAGGAGGAAAAGGCACAAGAAGCUGAAACCACUUCUAGAGAUGCUAGUGAAGUGUCUAAUUUGUUAGGGGAAGAUUUCACUCCCUCAAUGCCAGAAAGUAAAGCACCCGCGAUGGUGGAAGAUAAAGCAUUGACAAAUUUGGCUCUCUUAGAAAUGAAUAUUUCGAGUGAAGCAGAUCUGCUGGGCGAUUUUAUGCCAUCUCGAUUAAUGCAGGAAGAAAAUUUUUUCAAUUUACCCGAACAGUUCGAUUCAGUGCCCAAUAACAACAUUCCGUCGAAGCUUAAAGGAAAUGAAAAGACUGAAGCGCAAGUUUCUUGGUUAAGUUUAUUUAAGGAAUUGGAUCCCUUAGCUAAUCAAGAUUUGGGAUCAGGAGAUAAACUAUAAAUAACCAUUCCAAAUGUAUUCGAGCUUUAUUUUCUUAAUGUAAUGACCAAAGAUAAUUUGUUGCCAUGUACCCAUCUCAUUUAUAUUGUUUUAAAGUAUUUUUUUAUUUAUUUACAUUUGAAUCUCAAACUAGUCAAGACCAAAGUUGUAAAAGAUCUUAAUUUACAGGUUUACUUAAUCAUAUUAUGUAUAAUAAAGUAUUAUUUUACACAUCAA